GGCGGGAAACAACCCUUGCGGCGCUGGCGGCGCUGCUUGCACUGCUGUGGGCGCCCUUUAUUUUAAGCCAGCUGGGCGGCUAAAAAAGAAACAAUUUGGACAACUUUUCGAUCUCUUUUUCUAAAUUUCAAAUCCUCAGAACAAUCUCUCAGACCGAAUCAGAGCCAUAAACCACCCGCUCGCGUUUUAUUAAGCGCUGCGCUUCCGCUAAAACCCUUUCGCCUUUUCGCAUAACAUUAUCGCUCUGAUUCUACCUCCCUACCGUACCUAAGGUACUCUCUAUCUCCACAUCUUAUUCGUUUCUUUUUUUCUAUUUCUAUUUCCGAAAUCAUGGCCCGCGGUAACCAGCGCGAAAAGGCGCGUGAGAAGAACCUCAAGGCCCAGGCUGCCCAGAAAUCCAAGAACAACAAGAGCGGCACGGAGAUGCAGCGCGACAAGGAAGCCGUCGCCGAGAUGAUGCGCAAGAAGCAAGCUGCCGCCGACGCGAAGAAAGCUGCUGCCGCCGCUGCUGGCGGAAAGUAAAAUUAUUCGGGGAGGAAAGGGGAAGCACCACACACCAAUGCAGCAUAGCGAGAGGCGUAUUAGGACAUAGACAUAUAUAUCCCGUAGCAUAGGGGGGUAUAGCGAGGGACCACACACAUGAUUGAUUUCAACGAUAUAUGAGAUUCGGGGCGAAUCGUCUUUUUUAUUUAUUCAACCGACGAACGGCGGGGGUUCUAGGGCGUGUUGAACGGCGUCUGGACUUUCUUUCUCAUACACGCAUCUCGUUCUUUUUGAUUAAUGCGAUCCAUCAUUAAUCCGUAGUCGUCCCCCCUCUCGACGUGACUGUCUAAGGUACCUCGGGUAAUUACUAAUAUCUGCCUGCCUGUCUGCCUGUCUGUCUGCUUACUUGCUUGCUCGGUUCACUCAAGCGUCACGCUAUGCAGUUUUCUAUAUCUUGCUAG